GCUGAGCCAACCACAAAUAAAGGCAGUUUUAGAUUUGGAAGUCAGCUCCAUUUCCUUCAAGACUUGACCACCACUCUCAGACCAGGGGGUCGUUCUGAGCCGUCUUCCUGGUGAGAAACAAACCAGACCCUUUGCCAAGGCAGAAAAUCACAUCAUGACCCUGUGUCUGGGCCAAUGAACUGUGAGCAGACGAACAGGGCUGGCGAGAACAUGGGAGCCCCUGGGAGACCGUAUGGAAAACACCAGGGGUUCCUGGGCGCCGUUUCCAGACGCAGGAAGGGCAGAGCCGGCAAGACAGCAGCUGAGUAUUUAAACUUGGCCUCUGAGCGGGUUGGCAGAAAGCACGUGACUUCUGAGAGGGGAAUUCAGUCAAAAACCAGGCAACACUUGUUGAACCAGCAGCAGCCCAGGGAACAACGGCUGCUGGAAGUGGACCCCGGCCACCCUCUUUCCCCAUCACGGCAGCACCUGUUAGCUGAUACAGGCAGUCCUCAGCUGUUCCCUGCAAACCUGUGGACGCCACCCGAGAUGUCCCCUUUUGGUGGCUGGGGAAUGCUCGCAGCCUUUCUCGCCCUGCUCUGCUGCCGAGGUUCUGGUGAGGAGCAGUUCGAGGUAUCCAUGGAGCCAAAGCACCUGUUGGUGGGGUCUGGAGAGUUUCAGGUGAUUAAUCUUACUGCCAGUUGUAUGGACCCCAAGAAACUUGUUCUGGAGACAGCCCUACACAAGACUUUCCUGGAGGGCCAGGCUCAGUGGAAGUUGUUCAAGGUCAUCAACAUCUCCGAGAACAUGGAGCGCAUGUGCAGUUUCAUCUGCGACGGCAAGGAGGAGAUGAAAGUUUUCAACAUCACCGUGUUCUACCCUCCAAAGCAAGUGCUGCUGACGCUGUCGCACACCUCAGUGGCCGUAGGGACACUGUUCACCAUCGAGUGCCUGGUCCCCACCGUGGCACCCCUCGAAGGCCUCACUGUCACCCUGCUCCGUGGUACUGAGGUCUUGUACAAUCACACCUUUGUGGGGACAGCACCCUUCUCCCAAGAUGCCGUGGUCACCCACAACACCACAGCUCACAGGGAAGACGGCCACCAUAACUUCUCGUGCGAGGCCCAGAUGGACCUGCGCUCUCGUGGCGGUGGCCUUGUCCACAGAGUCUCAGAUCCUCAGAGGCUUGAAGUUAAAGAGCCCGUGCCCAACAACCAGAUGGUGAUCAUGGCGAUCGUGAUAGUGCCGCUGCUCUUGUUUGUGGCAUUCGUCCUCCUGCACUGGCAGUCCUCAGCUCUUCCCUGUGAGCCUGCGGACGCCACCCGAGAUGUCCCCUUUUGGUGGCUGGGGAGCGCUCACAGCCUUUCUCGCCCUGCUCUGCUGCCGAGGGUCUGGUGAGAAGGCGUUCGAGGGGCCAGAGCACCUGAUGGUGGGGUCUGGAGAGGUUCAAGUGAUUAAUUGCACUGCCAGCUGUACGGACCCCAAGAAACUUGUUCUGGAGACAGACCUAAACAAGACUGUCCUGGAGAGCCAGGCUCAGUGGAAGCUGUUCAGGGUCUACAACAUCUCCAAGGAUGAGCAGCUCCUGUGCAGUUUCAUCUGCGCCGGCAAGCAGGAGACCAAAGUUUUCAACAUCACCGUGUUCUAGCCCGUGCCCAACAACCAGAUGGUGAUCAUGGCGAUCGUGAUAGUGCUGCUGCUCUUGUUUGUGACAUUCGUCCUCCUGCACUGGUACAAACAACGGCAGAGAAGUAACACCUGAGUGCAAGUCACUUAGAAGAGGCAGAGACAGAGCCACCGGGCACAGCCCCUAUGAGCGGCGUGGCCAUUGUCAUGGAGGCCACUGGAGCUCAGUGUGGCUCCGUAGGGUGCGGUCCAGGCCUGGCUGAGGGACCAUGUGAUGCAGCCUGAAUACAAACACCUGGACUUAACCCCAUGCCUUCGUGUCGCUUCCUGGGAAUGGCCAGGAGGGGGAGCCACCAGGCCUGGCUGAACUUCUGUCUCCAAAUGUCUCCUCAGCCUCCCUCCACCCUCUCUUUCAGAGGCCUUCCUGAGCCCCAGCAAACCCAGGCCCUGGUGUGCCCCCAGGCCGACCCGCCCGGGGAACCAGCCACCCAUCCUAUGGGACCCUGAGUGACUCCCUCCUGAGGGAGGGUGGGGAGACCCACCCUGGCCCAGAGGGGCAGAGAGACACUCUGUUCCCACGUGGCCCUCCAGGACAUGGCUCUGACUUCUGUCUUCUGCCAACAGAGCCAGCAUCCAGGGGUGAGUGUGGGGGCCCCAAUGGCUUGGCUCCGGGAUCCUCCCGCCAGGCCUCCCCUGCCACUCUGGGCCUUCUGAGAGCCAUGGAAACAAAAGCAAUCCUUGCCUCUUACCUCCAGUUCUGUUAUUGGGCCAAAUGGAGAUCCCACAGCCCUGGUCAUCCAGAGAGAGGGGAAGGGGAGGAGGUCGAGGGAGGGCUCCGUCUCCCAGGCCUCUGCCAGCCGGGGCAGCGAUCAAUGGGACAGGGUUGGCCUUUCACCUGGCUUGUGGGGCCUGGACGGGGCUCUAAGGGGCUCUCACCACGGAUCAGAGAUCAGGUUGGUUCAAGGUCUCCAUGUGGUGGAGAUGGGACUCAUUCACCCUGGGGAGACGGCCUGGUUGGGGAUGCGGGGUAAGAACGGUUGCCAGGUGUAGAAAGGGGUUGGCAGGCAUGAGAGGGACACAGGGGCUCCAGGGCUGUUUGCAUCUCCUUGAUGAAGCUGCUGUGGGCUCCAGGGUUGAUGUCUGUUCUCAUAUCAUGAGGCUCUCAGCAUCAUAGUAGUGAGAGAGUCAAUUCCUAGGCAGGUCGAUAAGAAGUCUGGGGUCCCCAAGGAGGAGGUGAUAGGGGUCUGGAAAUCUCAAGGAGGAGGGAAGAACAAACAUCUUUUUUUCUCUCCAUUCCUUAGCCUUAGUCAAAUGGUAUAGGUGGUUUAGUUGCUAAGUCGUGUCCGACUCUUGUGACCCCAUGGACUGUAGCCCGCCAGGCUCCUCUGUCCCUGACAGUCUCCAGGCAAGGAGCAAGAAUACUGGAAUGGGUUGCCAUUUCCUUCUCCUGGGGAUCUUCCUGACCCAGGAAUUGAACCCAGGUCUCCUGUAUUGCAGGCAGAUUCUUUCACAACUGAGCUAUAAGGGAAAUCGUUAGGCACAUAAAAGGCUU